AUGACUACAUUGAGCUGCCUUCGAAGACUCGUCAUGAUAACAAUUUUGAGGAGAAAUAUCUUCUUAAUUCGCUUUUUUGGUAUACUUGUCAUAGCUUCUUUGCUGACUUCGUUCCUGUUCUUAGCACACGUCGAUGAAGAUAAGAGAGAAAGUGUUACUCGAGAAGGAUUACAACGUGAUUUUAACUUGGCAAAGACCGUUCCAGAGAAAAAGACAUACUUUAGGAAAAAGAAACGAACCGGACUGAAAGCUGGGAAAAAUAUUCCAUUCAAUCCAUUGCCGAUGUCUUCUAGACCUGAGGAUUAUUUACUCAACAGAAUCAGCGAUGAAAGUUCGCCCUUGCGACGAAGUUCGGAGGAAGGUAAAAUCUCAGUAGCCCGUGGCCUUGAGCGCACUAAGAAAUCAAAGUUUCCCGCUGUUUGGGAUAUAUGGAGUAGCCGCCAAAGGGCACGAAGGACUGUUAAGGAACUCAAACCAGCCGAAGAUGUGGAAAACGAUGAGCAAUUACAAAUAUUCACCACCGAUAAUGUAGUGAAAGACAACACUAAGGAAUUCAACACUUUUACUAAACAAUCAGAGGCGAUAUUCACCGCUACCCCUGAUAUUGACGUGGAAAAACAAACUACAUAUGCAAAAUAUCAGUCAAAUGAUGUUAGGGAUCCACACUUAGAACCCAACGCGUACAGGCACAGAAAUGUUAAAGAUAAGUUGCAUAACCCAGGCGUGACUGUAAUACGACCUACGGAGAAAAGAGGAUUCACCGCGCAGAUUAAUUCUCCCGUCAUGCACAAUUCAUCUGAGCGGCAGGACACUGACAAAUCCCGAAUAAAUGACAAUCAAAAAGCGGAAACUUUAAACACAGAGGAAAUUGUGAAUGUGAAGAUUAGAGAUUUGGAAACGUCAACACCAGCUAAUAAAGAUUUACUCAGACACCCAACCGCGACGAGAACCGUCAAAUUGCAUUCAAGAGCCACAAGUUUUCCUCCUGUCCACGAAGGAAACAGACUAAGAGCCCCAGUUCCUGGAGAUUCAUUAGAAAAAUUAGCCUACCGUCGUACACCUAAUGCUUCUCCAGAGCCAAGGAAAGCUGUUAAUAUUGAAGCUGAGAAAAAAGAGCAGGCGGAAACAUCCCAUACGAAGGAAAUUGUGGCUCUGAGGAUAGGUGAUUCGGCAACGUCAACGCCAACCAAAAAAGCUGUACUCAGACACCAAGUUAUCGCGCAGAGAUCUGUCAAAUUGCAUACAAGAGCCACAAGUUCUCCUCUAGUUCAUGACGGAAACAGCCUAAAAGCACCAGUACCAGAUGUGGCUGAUCAUGAAAACCGAAACAUUGAAAAGCCAAGAUUAACCUCGCAUAUGGAUUCCCCUGCCUUGGGUUAUUCAUCUGUGCAACAGAGCCCAGUCAAAUCCCGAAUAAUAGAAAACAAACAAGCGGAAACUUCCAAUACCGAGGAAAUUGCGACCGUGAGGGUAAAAGGUUCGGCAACGUCAAAGCCAGCCAAUAAUGAUUUACUCAGACACCCAACAAUGGCGCCGACAACUGGCAAUAUGCAUUCAAGAAGCACAGGUUUUCCUCCUGUCCACGAAAGAAACAGACUAAGAGCCCCAGCUCUUAACGAGCCACCAGAAAAAGUAACUAGUCGACGUACACCCGAUGCUUCUCGAGUACAAAGGAAAACUGUUAUUAUUGUAGCUGAACCACGUACAGGCUCAUCAUUCCUCGGUGAUGCUUUCAACCAAAAUCCGGAUGUUUUCUAUUUAUUCGAACCUCUUCAUGGAGUUGUGCUGGACCCAAAGCAACACGAGCACGACCCUAGACCGAUGCAAUUCCUUGCAGGAAUUUUAGGUUGUAAAUUUCUUUCUCUUAGGUAUGUCAGAGAAAUCCAAAAUUUCCGAAGGUUCUCGAGUAACGCACUAUCCUCGCCGCCAUUGUGCCGAGAAAAAACGUCCCUUAAUACAGCGAAGAAAAAUAAGUGCUCCUUCUUAACCACGUUAAACAUGGAAAACGUUUGCACGCUAGACUAUAAAGUUACAGUCAUCAAGAUUCUCACUUCUAGAAUACCCAGAAACAAGGUCGAGUCACUGUUUCCUCUGUGUAAUUGGACCACAUGCUCGAUUAUUUACCUGGUUAGGGAUCCUCGUCCAGUUGUCUUUUCUCAUAUGAAAGUGGGAAUAAAAACAUGGUCUUAUUUCAGAGGUCUUGCAAAAGACGGCGCCCCUCGCCCAAGUGUAAAGAUGUAUAGUGCUCAGAUCUGUCGUCAAAUUGAAGCGAAUGUGAGAACUUUUCUAAAGCUGACCAAAAAAACAAACAAUAGAUACCACAUGCUCCGUUACGAAGACCUUGCUAGAAAUCCGGUUGAAACUUUGCAAAGGAUGUACAAAAUAUCUGGAAUAACAAUGCAUAAUGAUACUCUCAGAUGGAUCAAAAAUCACACUUCAAAUCAAAACACUUCCUCAAAGAAUGGGCAAGGCUAUAACUUCUCUACAAGGCGGGACUCAAAGGCUAACAUCGAUAACUGGAGGCUUGAGGUGGAUCCCUGCAUUGUUAACGUUAUCGAAGAUAGUUGCCGUCCUUUAAUUCAGUUGCUAGGUUAUAAACUUCUAAACAGGUCGGAGGAAACGCAGUAUAACCUUACAGUGUCGCUUUAUGAUCAUAUUAAUAUGAUUAACUAA